AUGAUCGAGAGAAAACGAUCUGACAAACAAUACAAUUGGAGAAUACAAGAAGGACCACCAACUGUUAGAGAGCUUGAAGAAGCGGAGAAAUCAAUCUUGAAAUCCAUUCAGUACAAACAUUUUUCUGCCGAGGUUGAUGAUAUGCAAAGGCUAGCCGGUAACGAGGACACGUUUCAAGAUAGACAAUCCGCCAAAAUGAGGAACUCCGUGUUGAAACGUACAUCAAGUUUGCACAAGUUGGAUCCCUUCCUAGACGGUGAAGGUAUUCUCAGAGUCUGCAGCAGGCUGAAAAAUGCAACAACGCCUUACGAAUUUAAACACCUUGUACUCAUCCCUAAGAACGACCAUGUGACAAACCUGCUGAUACGACACCAUCACGUUGCCCAGAAACACCAAGGCUACGGUAUAACCCACAAUGGAAUAAGACAAGCAGGAUACUGGGUCAUUAAUGGACGUACAGUAAUAUCACACGCCAUCCAUGGCUGCGUCAUGUGUCGAAGAUUACGAGGCAAGUCCAUAGAACAGAAAAUGGCAGACAUACCAAGCGAACGUGUAAAUCCUGCACCACCAUUUGCAUACACCGGCAUGGAUGCUUUUAUAUUAAAGAAGGCAGAAAAGAGCUCAAGAGAUGGGGUAUCAACUUCACGUGCUUAG